CUUGACGGUCGUAGUGGAAGUCUGGACCUGGAGGCUCCGCUUCUCUCCGACUGUAGCAAGUUGCUGAUCGCUGGUGCCAACGCCCGGCGAUACAGACGGCUAACGUUAGCUAGCGGAGACACGGAGGGACAUUGCAGCUAACGUGCCAGCAGGAUCAGAAAGCACAGAGAUGCAGACUAUCAAAUGUGUGGUGGUGGGUGAUGGAGCAGUGGGAAAAACCUGCCUAUUGAUUUCGUACACCACCAACAAAUUCCCCUCUGAGUAUGUACCCACGGUUUUUGACAACUAUGCAGUAACUGUAAUGAUCGGGGGUGAACCAUACACCCUUGGGUUAUUUGACACAGCAGGUCAGGAGGACUACGACAGGUUACGACCACUAAGCUACCCCCAGACAGAUGUCUUCUUAGUGUGUUUCUCAGUUGUUUCCCCUUCUUCAUUUGAGAAUGUUAAAGAAAAGUGGGUUCCUGAAAUAACUCACCACUGUCCCAAGACCCCGUUCCUGUUGGUAGGCACUCAGAUCGACCUGCGUGAUGACCCCUCCACAGUGGAGAAGCUAGCCAAGAACAAACAGAAGCCAAUCACACCUGAGACAGCAGAAAAGCUGGCUCGAGACCUUAAGGCAGUCAAAUACGUCGAGUGCUCAGCCCUAACACAGAAAGGAUUAAAGAAUGUGUUUGAUGAGGCAAUACUGGCUGCCCUGGAGCCUCCUGAACCUAAGAAAAGACGUAAAUGCGUUCUGCUCUAAGUUUCGUCGCAGCCUUCUCCACACCAGUUUCCAAAUCUAGGUUAGCAGUACUGAGAAGAGGUUUGUUGCACAAGCACAUUCCAGCGUGUGUUGAGAUAUUAUGAAAUGUUUGCAUUCUGACUGACUUUAACCUAAAUACAUAUUCAAUGUGUUGAACAUGACUUUACGAUUAACAUUUGAUGCUGUUUGAGAUGAUUCGAUGCCAUUGAAAAGGUCUCGCAUAAUGUGAACACAGAACUUUGAUCACAUUAUGAGUUCAUUUUACAGAAGUGCUAUUCCAGAAGAGAUGAUUAUGAAAUGGUAAUUUAAUAGAAUUCCUGUUUUAUUGAUUACCCUGCUAAACACAAACAAGCCGAUAAUGUUGGUUAGUGAGUUGCGUCACUUAUGUCUUAGUUUAUCCUACUUUUUUAUUUACUUUUCAAGUACUUCCUUUACAGUUGUUGGUUUAUACCAUAUGCUCAGCUCUCAUGUAUAAGACUGCAUGUGGUUGAAACUGAAUCGUUAUAGAACUCAUGUUAUUUUCCAGACAUUUAUAGAGCGACACACUUCUCAAAGGGUUAUAAAAGUUGGUGUAUUUUACUCCUUUUUUUUUUUUUUUUUUUU